AUCAGCGAAGUUUGUACAGAAAAUGCCGUGUAUCGUGGACCCGGUUACUUCACUGUCUUCACUCCAUGCCUGCCAUGUGAAAUUCAAAGCCAAUGCUUCUCUGCCUUCCCAACCACUCCUCACCUUUACUGUAUCACGCUCAUCGCACACACAAAGCAUCUUUAACUUCUUCUUCUUCUUCUUGUACUUUUUCUGGGUUCGGUUGUUUUGGUGAUGGAGGAUGGUGAGUGGAUUCUGGUGCGGCCACCGGCAGAGAAGGAGCUAUGGAGUCCGAGUUUAGAGGAUGCAGAGAGUUCUAAGCCUUUGAAGCUUACGUUUUCUGGGCCGGCCAAGCACUGGACCGAUGCGAUUCCUAUUGGGAAUGGGCGCCUUGGAGCUAUGGUUUGGGGGGGUGUGGCAACAGAAACUCUCCAGCUUAAUGAGGACACACUCUGGACUGGGAUCCCAGGGAACUAUACCAACCCAAAUGCUCCAGAGGCACUAACACAGGUCAGAAAACUUGUUGAUAAUGGUGAGUAUGCUGAAGCCACUGCAGCAGCGGACAAGUUGUCAGGAGAACCUUCAGAUGUUUACCAACUUCUUGGGGACAUCAAACUUGAAUUUGAUGAUUCGCAUCUUACAUAUGCUGAAGAAACUUACUACAGAGAGCUGGACUUGGAUACUGCAACAGUAAGAGUAAAAUAUUCUGUGGGUGAUGUAGAAUUUACGAGGGAACAUUUUGCUUCCAAUCCAGAUCAAGUGAUUGUGACAAAGAUUUCUUCAAGCAAAUCAGGGUCCCUGUCAUUUACAGUGUCUUUAGACAGCAAGUUACAUCAUAGUUCACAAGUAAAUGGAAAAAAUCAGAUAAGAAUGGAAGGAAGUUGUCCUGGAAAAAGGAUCCCACCUAAAGUGAAUGAAAAUGACAAUCCUAAAGGAAUUCAGUUUUCCGCAAUUCUUGAUUUACGGAUUAGCGAUGGCAAGGGGGUGAUACAGGUUUUGGAUGACAAGAAGUUGAGGGUGGAAGGUUCUGAUUGGGCUGUGUUGCUUCUUGUGGCUUCAUCUUCAUUUGCUGGGCCAUUUACUAAGCCUUCAGAUUCUAAGAAGGAUCCUACUUCAGAGUCAAUCAAGGCCUUGGAGUCGAUAAAAAAUUUGUCAUACACUGACCUUUAUGCGCAUCAUUUGGAUGACUAUCAGAAUCUCUUCCAUCGUGUCUCAUUGCAGCUUUCAAAAAGCACCAAGAGCCUUUUAGGAAAUAACUUUUUGAAGACGAAGAAAGUAAUGUCUUCUGUAACUAAUUCAAAUUUCAAGGAAAGUGAAGAUGGUUCCAUUUCAACUGCAGAGAGGGUAAAAUCUUUUCAAACUGAUGAAGAUCCUUCCUUGGUGGAGCUUUUAUUCCAGUAUGGUCGAUAUCUACUUAUUUCUUGUACACGACCUGGAACCCAGGUGGCAAACCUGCAGGGUAUAUGGAACAAGGAUAUUGAACCUGCAUGGGAUGGCGCUCAACACCCGAACAUUAAUCUUCAAAUGAACUAUUGGCCUUCCCUUCCUUGCAACCUUAGUGAGUGCCAGGAACCCUUGUUUGAUUACAUUUCCUCUUUGUCAGUCAAUGGGAGCAAAACUGCAAAAGUGAAUUAUGAAGCAAGUGGUUGGGUUCUCCAUCAAGUCUCUGACAUAUGGGCAAAAACAUCACCAGAUCGAGGACUGGCUGUGUGGGCUUUAUGGCCAAUGGGAGGAGCAUGGCUUUGUACCCAUCUGUGGGAACAUUAUACUUAUAAAAUGGACAAAGAUUUUCUAAAAAAUAAGGCAUAUCCUUUGUUGGAAGGAUGUGCAUCAUUUUUGUUGGAUUGGUUGAUUGAAGGCCAUGGAGGAUAUUUAGAAACCAACCCAUCAACCUCUCCGGAGCACAUGUUUAUUGCUCCAGAUGGUAAGCCUGCCAGUGUGAGCUACUCAUCAACCAUGGACAUCGCAAUCAUAAAAGAAGUUUUCUCCGCAAUUGUUUCUGCAGCUGAGGUUUUGGGAAAAACUGGGGAUCCUCUUGUUAAAAAAGUCCUUGAGGCUCAACCUAGGCUACCACCUACAAAAAUUGCUAGAGAUGGUUCCAUUAUGGAAUGGGCACAAGAUUUUCAGGACCCGGAUGUGCAUCAUCGACAUCUAUCACACCUUUUUGGCCUCUUUCCAGGGCAUACAAUCAGUGUUGAGAAAACGCCAGACUUAUGUAAAGCUGCUGAUUAUACCCUCUAUAAAAGAGGAGAGGAUGGUCCGGGAUGGUCAACUACAUGGAAAAUUGCAUUGUGGGCUCGUCUUCACAACAGUGAGCACGCAUACCGGAUGGUCAAGCAUUUGAUUAACUUGGUAGAUCCAGACCAUGAAAGUGACUUUGAAGGAGGAGUAUAUAGUAACUUGUUCACAGCACACCCCCCUUUCCAGAUUGAUGCUAACUUUGGUUUUUCAGCAGCAGUUGCAGAAAUGCUUGUCCAGAGCACGGUAAAGGAUCUAUACCUACUUCCUGCUCUUCCCCGGGAUAAAUGGGCGAGCGGUUGUGUGAAAGGAUUGAAGGCACGCGGUGGGAUGACGGUAAACAUCUGCUGGAAGGAAGGAGACCUUCAUGAAGUCGGCCUUUGGUCCAAGGACCAGAAUUCUCUUACAAGAUUACAUUAUCAAGGAACUACGGUUGUGGCAAGUAUAUCAUCCGGCCAGGUUUACACGUUCAAUCGGCAGUUAAAAUGCGUGAAGACGUUCUCUCUCUGAGAAGCAAGAGAGGCUUUUUCUUGAUUGCUAAGAUCAUAUUGAUCUUAUGAAUUCCUUUGUCUGUCUUUCUUAACCAAGUUUUUGGUCUGGAUUUAAUUUGAUUGGUCAAGCAAGAGAAUCUUCCAUGGUAUCAUUUAUUUAUUGUUAAUAACAAUUUCAUGCAAACAUUUUCUAUGUUUCAUUCUUCAAUUAUUACU